GUCAGUGAAGCGUAUAGGCUUUAGUAGGAGCGCUGCAGGAGCACUCAUCAACAUGGCAGAGGGCGUAGAGGAGGGGGACUCACACAUGGAGGAGCUGGUGGACCACGGCCUGGGGAUGGAGGAGACGGUCCACAGCCCGCAGAGGAGACCCUCGCUGAAGGAGAGCUACCACAGCGACUCCCUGCUGGCACCGGACACCGACUUCAUGACAGAUGACCGCAGCUCAGCCAGUGGCCUGGAUGUGGUGGAUCGGCUCACCUAUCUGGAGCAGAGGAUGCAGAUGCAGGAAGAUGAAAUCCAGCUGUUGAAGAUGGCCCUGGCAGAUGUUCUCAAGAGGCUCAACAUCUCUGAGGAGCACCAAGCAGCUGCUGCUGGUGGCAGGAGAACAUCAGGUGCUAAAGCCCGGCCAGUGUCUCUGGCUCUGCCGUCCAGGCCCUCUCUGGUGCCCUCCAGCACUGCCUCCCUGAAGAAGAGCACCACGCUGCCCUCCAGCUCCACAGCCAGGAACUACAGCCCCACACCCCCCCGCAGUGGUGUGUGGAGCCCAGCGAGUAGUGUGAAGGACAGUCCAGGUAAGACCACCAAACGCCCCACCUCUACAGCCUCCACAGCCUCCACAGCCUCCACAAGUAAGAAGCCUCAGGAAGGCAGCAAGUCCAAGGAGCCGGCAGCAGUGAGUGGAGGGACAAGCCGUGUGACACACUGCAAAGUGACUAUGCAGAUCUAUCUGAGCCCCCUAACAAGAAGGACUGGAUCUUCUGAGUUCGCCAAAUCUACCUCCACGGUGCCUGCCAACUGCGGCUCGGCUGCACCCAACAACCCUCAGGCGAAGGGCGGCGGCAAGCCCGUGGCGAAGAAGACGAGCCCGUCCUUCAUCUUAAACCUGCAGAAAACCACAACCAGCCAGAGCACAGCACAGCACGACUUUUCCAGCUACAAGAGCCCCGUCAAAUCGCCCAGCCAGUAUUUCCAGAUUUGUUACUGAGGCGGGAGGGCAGAGAAAGAGUUGCCAGAAUGUAUCCCUGCUUUCAUGUUUACUGAACCAAAACAAAUGAUUAAACACCCGUUUCUAAAUAUAUUGGGGCAUUAAAUGGCUGUUAACAGUGUUAGGUUUGAAGGUGCCUGCUACACAUACUGGUAGGUUCAGAACAAUGUCUAUGUACAUGCUAACCCAUGCUAAUACAAGAAAUGUGUGACCUUUAGUGGCCGUUAUAAUUAUGCCGCUAGCAAAGGCAGAAGUCUGGUGACAUAAGGAAUGAUGAAGUGUGCUAAGAGUGGUCUUUUGCCCCAUGAGGCCGGUGUCUGUGAUCCCUGUGAAACCAUAAGUCAUGAUGAGUUAUUUUAAAAGACGUAGGCUAGUCUAUGCUAGAAAUGUGAGGUGACAUUCGUAAUUGACCUAACACAAUUUGUGAGUUUCAUUUCAUAACCAUUUCAUAACAUUGCUCCCUCUGAAGCAUUAGUGAUUGUAAAAACGACUGCUAACAACCAUUUAAUGGCCUGAUAACGUUCGAAACGGGUGUUAUUAAAAGCCUCAUUUAACCACUUGAACAUAAACGGCGAUAAAGACUUUCUUCCAAUGUUGAAAGAACAAGAAAUACAAUUUUGAAAUGAGUUCACUUCUGACUGGAUUUUCCUCUGUAGUGAAUCUGACUGUGCUGCUUUAACGUACUGCAACAUCAGUUCUUACAGCUUUCCAGAACAUUUCCACUAACACGUUUGUUAAUGCAGUGUUUGAUUGCAGGAUUAUAUAUUUCAAAGAUAGUAAAGCAUGACAGCUCUAGUGCUUUUUUUAGCCUCCUCCGAGACCAUAGUAGUCAUUCAUCCUUUUCACACAUACCUGCGCAUGUUUUACCGAACGCUUGUACUGUUAAUGUUACUGCGACGAUGUGUGUCUGUAGUCGUCUUUGAGCGCGUUGUGUUUGAUGUCAAUGAGUGUGUGUCACUGAGUUUUUCUCAUUCCUGUGUGCUGUAAUGUUUGUUGUUGUUUUGUAGUCAAUGUUCCACUUUAAGCAAUAAAUAGAGUGUACCAGAAUCAGUCAAAAUGUCUCAUUGUAGUUCAGGACAAACAAUUAAAAAAAUUAUCACUAA